AUGAAGCUCACCACUGUGGCCACUACCCUGCUCGUCUUUGCCACUCCCAUCCUCGCCGGAGUCGCCCCCGCUAACGCAGCGGAUGAGUGCGGACAGCUCGGAGUCAUGUCUUAUACCGCCGGCUCUAUGGACGAAAAGGGCGUAGACCCCUCUCAGAUCCGAAAGUGCAAGGAGCAUCCCCUUGGCCCGAACCCUCGACCGGAGGGCUCUGUCGGAACUCGCCCUAACUAUGCCGCGGCCGCUGCCGCUGCAGAGGAUGCCAAUAGCAACACCAGCGCACCCCUGACUGCUGAGCACUGGUGGUGGAAGCAUGGCUGGGGCAAGUGCUGGGACGUUGACCCCGGCGAAUACGGAUGCUCCAGGGGCUACUGUUACAGAGCUUGCGAUGGAGACGGACGGUGGUGCUGGACUGCCCGGAACCGUGGCUACGGGUCGUGGAAGACUUGUGAUGCUAGGGCUGAUUGCAGAGUUGCCGACGACAUUAGCUGUGGGAAGGGAUGCAGGGCUUGUGGUUGUUCUUGCUGA